AUGCCCGACCUCGAACUCGUCAGCGCUCCCUCUCCGGGUCGCCCGCUUUUCAAGGCUCACAAGUCCCUUCCGCGACGCCGCGAGAUUGAGUCCAACUUGAAAUCCAUUGACAUAUUUUCGGCCCCCAUCGGAAAUGACCAUAUAGUCGCAGUUGCGCCGUCCUUGCCGCUUACGCCUCCCAAUCCAACCCAGGACGAUCAAAGCGAAACAACUCCACGCCAACAGGACCAACUUUCAUCUCCGCACAGCCAGAACACAGCUACUCCAACAAUCGCAAAGUCUCAUCAGUUUAGUCCGCCCACGCCAGACAUAACCCCGCCACGCAUGAGAGAAACUACCCCAAAUAAUCGCCGCCCGCCUUUAUUCUUGGAUUCAUCAAUCUCCUCUCGUGCCGAGUCUUUCCAGACCGCUAGAGAAUCCCCCUCUGAUGAAGACAUUGCAGAAAGCCAGAACCCAUCCACUCCAUCGCUUGCUCAACGCCCUCAUCGCAAGCCAUGCUUAAAGCCAUCUCCGUUGGCAAACGACGUUGGAAGUAGUGCGACUACACCCGAGGGGAAGCCAGCGUCUGAUGACUUUGAAAUCGUGAAGCCGAAAAAGAUUCCUAAUGGCAACAUGGACACUGUCCAACAACAAACAACCGCGUCCACUUCAUCAUUGCCGCGCAAACGCAAGCCCAGGGGAGCCAAGAAAAAUAACCGCGCUCGUGCUACAAAAGAAAACGGCGACCAUGCCCCAGCCUCGGGUGAAAGUCACGAGAGUCUCCUUCCUAAAUCACACCCGUCCUCGGAGACCCUAGCCUUGGAGAAAUUUGGGGCAGAAAUCGGAUGGAACUUGACUGGCCAGGAGCAAAAAUUGGUGGACCGGGUGGACUCGUGGAGAAACUCUGCCGGCUCAUUCAACUCAACCAUUGAAGCCCAAGUGAUCGAACUAACGCCCCAAAAGAGGAGAACAUUAAGACAUACUGGAAAGAGAACCUCUCUGCGGUCAGUGAGCUCGCCCAAUCCACCGCCCGCUCGAACAUCUGUUGAACUCGGCGCGGACUCGUCGCAUCGCCUAAUUCAUAAACCCGCUCGCAUUUCAGACCUCAAGCGGCACAGCGCGGCGUCGGAUAAGUCAGUUUCGAAUAGCGUCACUUCGAGCAACCCUCCCAAAACGGAGGUGAUACCGGUGGUUGUCAUUCCGCAACGACGCUCUUCUUUAAAGUCCUCUGCCCCUCCUAGUCGGAAUCACUCGUUGACUCGAUCCCAAACAUCUAGUCGUCGCAACACUAGUGUCUCUCGUAGCAGGGCCAGCGAUCCGGUGCCACGACCAAGGAAGCGCACCAUGUCAGAUUCCCUGCCUGCGGCUUCGACACACAGAAGAGCAGACAGUCGGGGGCGUGGCGUGGACCGUCCGCCAAUUCCUCCACGGAGUUCAUCUCUAUCAGCCCCAACAAGCAGGACUAAUUCUCGUACAGCGUCUUUGACCUCCGAAAGUUUGCGCCAGCACACUGAAGCCAUGAACUUUGCGGUGAAAUUGCCAGAGAAAGACUCUGCCCUACCAUCUCCAAGAAUUGUACUGCCUGAUGAGCCAAAGGACACCAAAAACCCGGAGCCUGCACCGCCUCCCCACCACGCUGAUGAUGCCGAACGACUUCGUGCGCCUUCUCUACAUUUCACCCAGUCAUCUGUUGUGUCAUCUUCUCCUGGGCCUAUUGAAAUCAGAGAGGCGACUAUGGUGUCUUUCUUCCCACACAAUAAUGAAUCGCUAUUAUUAAUCAACCCCAAUAUACAGCCAGAGUCUCGCGCUGUUACAGCUUUGCGUGGCUGGGCAUUGAAUCAACCUGCCAGUGUCCGUACUCCAGAACAGUCCACAGCCGCAGUGAAUACUGACUCGCCGCUUCGAAAUCCACGCACGCCGCCCAAACCACCAGCUCCUGCGGCCAUCUUGCCUACACCAAUGGAUGAGGUUGAUCAACAAAUAGGCUACCCUAGCGGUGAUCAGCAAAGAAACAAUCGUUUCAGCCGUGGGAUUGGGUCUGUGAGACGUGCACUGAGCGCGCGACGUCACUCGGACACGCCAAGCACGCCCCUAUUCCGGUCACUCUCAAUCAGAUCAGCGAGAAGCAGAAGAGCAGCGAAAACGGCCGACAAUGAACCACAUCCGUUCUGGCAACCGCGCGGAUUCUGGGAUGAUUUUGACGACUCUGGGAAUGAAAACUUGGCUGCGGCGUAUCCAGCUAGACAGAUCCAAAACCCGCCAGACGAAGAUACUUUUGUGAGCAACAGCUUGGGUCUACCACAGAAGCGAGUGAUCUUCAGUGGGCCAGUGGCACUAGCUCGACGCAUAUCAAACUCUAGACGAACACGCCGUCGCCGUCUCCCGCUCAGCCAACAACGUAACCAGAGUAACAACAGCAAGUUUGAUUUGGCCAUGGGAAUCGCCAGAACCGGCUCUCCGUACCAACAACAUGCCGUCCGACUCCGCUCACGACUUAGAAUGUUCAUGCCGUUGACGGUAUACCGCGAUUUCCAACAGCGAGUGAGGCACACCCGACAACUGCGAGCAAAAGCAAGGCUCGAGGCACGACGAGAAAAACUCAAGAAGAGCAUUGGUCCCAAGUCACUGGCUAACCCAUACUCGAUUGGCGCGUUCAGCAACGGUACUCCGUUCGACGAGACCAGUGGCCCCCGACUAUGA